AUGGGCAAUCUGUCUUUUCAAAGCUAUCGCCCAAAUAAAUUUUUUUUUUUUUUUGUCAUAGGCCCUAUUCCUGGUCAGAAAUAUAGUGAAAUCGCGUUUCCUAUUCUUUCCCCGGACGCCACUACUAAGAAAGACGUUCACUUCUUAAAAUAUCCUAUAUACGUAGGCGAAAAUAGGGGAAGGGGCCAAGUUUAUCCUGAUGGGAGAAAGAGUUACAAUACAGUUUAUAAUUCUACAGCAUUCGGUAUAGUAAACAAAAUCCUACGAAAAGAAAAGGAGGGAUACAAAAUAACCAUAGCAGAUGCAUUGGAUGGACGUCAAGUGGUUGAUAUUAUCCCUAUGGGGCCAAAACUUUUUGUUUCAAAAGGCGAAUCUAUCAAAUUUGAGCAACCGUUGACACGUAAUCCUAAUGUGGUCGGAUUUGGUCAGGGAGAUGCAAAAAUAGUACUUCAAGAUCCAUUAUGUGUACAAGGCCUUUUGUUCAUCUUGGCAUCUGUUAUUUUGGCACAAAUAUUUUUGGUUCUUAAAAAGAAACAGUUCGAGUUUGUUGAUGACCUUGAAGUUGAGAUGCGAGAGUUUUCGGUGCCACAACCAAUUGUCAUCUAA